CUCGCGGAGCAGCUCGGUGAAGAUGGACGUACAGGAUCUAAAAUGGCGUCUGCAGAAACGAAUAGAAGCUGGUGUCUGAGUGUUUUGAACGUUAACGGCAGAACUAACGGACGGCGGGAAUCUGACAGCUGCCAUCAUGCUGUGAGGGCGUGACCUCGCUGCUUGCUCUGUGAGGAGCAGGAGGAGAUGGCGGCUGAACUUUUCCCCACCAGCCUCUCCCACAGUAACGAGGUGGAGGUGGAGGUAAAGAAGAGUUUCUUCCAUCUGAGCGUACCGGAGCCGACAUCUGAACACAUCGACGAGCAAGACACCGAUCAACCAAAUGGCAACAACAGCAUCGGAGAAGAGAGAGACAGCUGGCAGGCAGCUCACCCCACCCUCAGAGAGAGGAACGCUCUGAUGUUCAACAACGAGCAGAUGGCUGAUGUUCACUUCAUUGUUGGUCCUCCAGGAGAAGCUCAGAGAGUCCCUGCUCAUAAGUAUGUUCUGGCGGUGGGCAGCUCGGUGUUUGGAGCCAUGUUUUAUGGAGAUCUGGCUGAGGGACAAUCUGAGAUCCACAUCCCUGACGUGGAGCCAGCUUCUUUCCUCAUCCUGUUAAGGUACAUGUACAGUGAUGAGAUUGAGCUGGAAGCCGACACCGUGCUUGCUACUCUCUAUGCUGCGAAGAAGUACAUCGUUCCUGCUCUUGCGAAGGCAUGCGUCACCUUCCUGGAGACCAGUCUGGAGGCAAAGAACGCCUGCGUUCUGCUGUCUCAGAGCAGGCUGUUUGAAGAGCCAGAGCUAACGCAGCGCUGCUGGGAGGUGAUCGAUGCUCAGGCUGAGCUUGCUCUGCGAUCUGAAGGUUUCUGUGAGAUUGACCUGCCCACGCUGGAGAUCAUCCUGCAGAGAGAAACACUCAAAAUCCGCGAGGUCGUGGUCUUCCAGGCGGUGCUGAGCUGGGCGACGGCCGAGUGUCGGCGGCAGGGCCUGGCAGUGACACCGAGGAACCAGCGGGCAGUGCUGGGAAAGGCUUUGUACCUGGUUCGGAUCCCCUCCAUGAUGUUGCAGGAGUUUGCCGACGGGGCAGCACAGUCGGAUGUCCUGACACUGAAAGAGACACGUGACAUCUUCCUGUGGUUCACCGCAACCAAAAAACCUAGACUGGAGUUCCCUCUGGUGAAGCGGGCCGGCCUGGCGCCACAGAGGUGUCACCGCUUCCAGUCCUCGGCCUACCGCAGCAACCAGUGGCGCUACAGGGGUCGCUGCGACAGCAUCCAGUUUGCAGUGGACCGGAGGAUCUUCAUGGCUGGACUCGGUCUCUACGGGUCAAGCAGCGGGAAAGCGGAGUACAGCUUGAAGAUUGAACUGAAGAGGCAGGGAACCGUUCUGGCCCAGAAUUUCACCAAGUUUCUGUCAGACGGGUCAAGCAGUAUCUUCCCCGUGUGGUUCGAACACCCGGUCCAGGUGGAACAGGACACCUUCUACACCGUCAGUGCCAUCCUGGACGGAAAUGAGCUGAGUUACUUUGGACAGGAGGGGAUGACUGAGGUGCAGUGUGGGAAGGUAACAUUUCAGUUCCAGUGUUCAUCGGACAGUACCAACGGGACCGGUGUGCAGGGGGGGCAGAUCCCUGAACUGGUCUUCUUCUGUUGAACCAGAACCUGACAGAUAGACUCAAAGCUUUUAAUCGAGACAGGGGCUCUGAUUCUGAUAGACGCACUGGUGCAUUGAACUGGAGGCUGAUUGGACUAUUGUAGUAUUACUGAAAGCUGACUGGAAUGUUGUACUGAGACCGGAAGCUGAUUGGUUUGUCAGUGCUUUUUUAAGGAAACCGAACUAAACAUUUAAGCAAAACUAAACUGUUGCUGUUUCUCUGAGGUGAAGUCCUGCAAUAUCUGAUUUAGUUUCCUGCAGCUGCCACUAGAUGUAACUCAAAAGCCAAAUUUUACUGCUUUAGCCUUUAAAACUACGAUGACCUAUUAGAUGACACAGUGGUUGAUGUGAAAUUUAGUUCUGUACUGCACUUUUCUCUGCAGCUCUACAGCACUUUUCUCUGAAGGAGGAUGUACAUCUUAUGUUUAACAUAAUUGACAUGAUAUUUUUUGUUUAAACCGACCUCUGAUUCAUACAUGUGAAACAUUUAUGAGAAUAAAUUUCUCACAGGAACAACUGA